AUGACACUGCUAGCCCGUCUCCUAGCGCGGGCGACGCUUGUCGGCAGCGCCACUGCAGUGCUUCAGCAGGCUGUGGCUGGCGCCCCGUAUGUGUAUACAAGCUGGACGCAGUUCCCGACCUGCGCGCAGACCUGCUACAGCACCGCGCUCCUCCAGGCUUUCGGGUGCUGCGGCUCCAUCCUCUCCGGCGGCGGGAAUGGAGACCCUUCACCUUCCUAUGCAUCUGCUUCGGUCUCUGACACUGUCACUGCCACGACCACCGCCACGACGAAUGACAAUAAUGUGGGUAUUAUCGACGACGACUCCCCCUCCGCCGUGCUCCGGCGAUGUAUCUGCACAGACUGCUCGUACCGCACAGCCUUAGCAGCCUGCUUGAGCGGGUCUUGCACGACAGCAGAGGCCUCGGUCGACGACAUUUUGGGUCUGAAUGAUCGCGUGUUCUGCAACGCCAGCGUGGACGCCACCGUGCAGAUGUGGGAUCGCAAUUUGAUCUGGGUGGUUGUGGUUGGUGCGCAGGGCGAUGAGUCGUCAUCGUCAUCGUCGUCAGGAACUCCACGGGAAAUGGUUUGGACUUGUGCGACGGGGACUUCAAGUGUUACUGAGACGCCCACUGCAGUCACCAGCAGUAGUAGCAGUAGCAGUAGCGCCUCCUCAAUGUCUCAGGUUUGUUUCCCCUCUUUGCUCUGCGUCCCUCUCAAUCAGAUUGAGUUUACCAUGCUGAUGGGGAGAGAAUAG